AUACACACUCGCAAUGCCCUUCGAAAAACAGCUGAUUGCUGACUCAAUUUGGGAUUGUAUUUAUAAAGUGAAACUGAAAAAGUCGUUGCAUUAUACCUUGCAAUGUCGAACGAAAUUCCGCACCAGAUGAGGGCGAUGAAAUGCCCGACGGACGAGCUUUCGCUGACGAACAGGGUGAUUGUGAAUGCCUCCGAUUUCACGGAGGAGGUCAAAUAUGUGGACAUCUCGCCGGGACCGGGCCAGCACUUCAUCUUCGCGCUGGAGAAGAUUGGCGGCAGGGAUCUGCCACCCGGCCACGUCGGGUUCUCGCUCGUCCAGCGCAAGUGGGCCUCGCUGUCCAUCAACCAGGAAAUAGACGUGCGGCCCUACCGAUUCGAUGCCAGCUCGGACCUCAUCACACUCGUGUCCUUCGAGACGGACUUCCUGCAGAAGAAGACCACCACGCAGGAGCCCUACGACUCGGACGAGAUGGCCAAGGAGUUCCUCAUGCAGUUCGCCGGCAUGCCUCUGACCGUCGGCCAAACACUGGUUUUUCAGUUCAAAGACAAGAAGUUCCUGGGCCUCGCAGUGAAAACCCUGGAGGCAGUGGACCCCCGAACUGUGGGAGAUGCUAACCCAAAGACCCGGAACGUCCGCUUCGGCCGCAUCCUUGGCAACACAGUGGUGCAUUUUGAGAAGGCCGAGAACUCCGUGCUUAAUCUGCAGGGUCGCUCGAAGGGCAAGAUAGUUCGGCAGUCCAUCAUAAACCCGGACUGGGACUUUGGCAAGAUGGGUAUUGGUGGCCUAGACAAGGAGUUCAACGCGAUCUUUCGACGAGCCUUUGCCUCUCGUGUUUUCCCGCCUGAUUUGGUAGAGCAGCUCGGAAUCAAACACGUUAAGGGUAUACUUUUAUACGGACCACCCGGCACGGGCAAAACGCUGAUGGCCCGGCAAAUAGGAACCAUGCUGAAUGCCCGCGAACCCAAGAUUGUGAACGGACCACAGAUCCUGGACAAGUACGUGGGCGAGUCGGAGGCCAACAUCCGGCGCUUGUUCGCCGAUGCCGAGGAGGAGGAAAAGCGCUUGGGCCCGAACAGUGGGCUGCACAUCAUCAUCUUCGACGAGAUCGAUGCCAUCUGCAAGGCUCGUGGCUCGGUGGCGGGCAAUAGUGGUGUCCACGAUACGGUCGUCAAUCAGCUGCUGGCCAAGAUCGACGGAGUGGAGCAGCUGAACAACAUCCUAGUGAUAGGCAUGACCAAUAGGCGGGACAUGAUCGACGAGGCGCUGCUGCGACCUGGUCGCCUGGAAGUUCAAAUGGAGAUCAGCUUGCCCAACGAGCAGGGACGCGUUCAGAUCCUCAAUAUCCAUACCAAACGGAUGCGGGACUUCAACAAGAUAGCCAGCGAUGUGGACAACAACGAGAUUGCGGCCAGGACAAAGAACUUCAGCGGCGCAGAACUGGAAGGAUUGGUCAGAGCGGCCCAGUCCACAGCCAUGAACCGGUUGAUUAAGGCGGACUCAAAGGUUCAUGUGGAUCCCGAGGCUAUGGAGAAAUUGAAAGUAACCCGUGCCGAUUUUCUACACGCUUUGGACAACGACAUCAAGCCCGCCUUUGGAGCCUCCCAGGAAAUGUUAGAGAAUCUACUGGCACGCGGAAUUAUACACUGGGGUCCACCGGUCAAUGACAUCCUGGAGGAUGGAAUGUUGUCCGUGCAGCAGGCGAAGGCCACUGAGGGCUCCGGACUGGUGUCCGUUCUCAUCGAAGGAGCCCCCAACUCUGGCAAAUCAGCGCUGGCCGCUAAUCUUGCCAAGAUGAGCGACUUCCCGUUUGUCAAGGUCUGUUCCCCAGAGGACAUGGUGGGAUUCACGGAGUCUGCCAAGUGCCUGCACAUCCGCAAGAUCUUCGACGACGCCUAUCGCUCCACCUUGAGUUGCAUAGUGGUUGACAAUGUGGAGAGAUUGCUGGACUACGGGCCGAUUGGACCCAGAUACUCCAAUCUCACGCUACAAGCCCUACUGGUUCUGUUGAAGAAGCAGCCGCCCAAGGGACGAAAACUGCUGAUCCUGUGCACAUCCAGCCGGCGAGACGUCCUGGAAGAGAUGGAAAUGCUUCCGGCCUUCACGUCCGUGUUGCAUGUGUCCAAUCUGUCGAGUCCCGAGCAUGUGCUCGCCGUCCUGGAGGACUCGGAUUUUUUCAGUGCCGAGGAGCUGCAAAAUAUUGCCAGAAACAUGGCCGGAAAGCGGGUGUGCAUCGGCAUCAAAAAGCUGCUGGCCCUAAUCGACAUGAUCCGUCAAUCGGAACCCCACCAUCGAGUAAUCAAGUUCCUCAGCAAAAUGGAAGAGGAGGGCGGGCUGGAAUUGGUGGCCAGAUCGCACUAGCUACCGCCCAUCUCCGAUCUGCGGCUGUCCAUUGUCGAGCUGAACGCCGCCUUCUAAUUCGUUUUCAUUCCAUUUCCACACAUUUAGCGAGGCUCGAUUUGAUUAACAGCCAAAUCAAGGGUAGAUACCUGCCAUUGCAAUGGUAUAGGUUUUUUAUUUUUAGCAGAAUGUUUGGAAAAAUCAGUAAAUACCUAACACUUACUUUGAUGUUGUUUUUAUUUUAAGCAUGUAGAAAAGUUCUCUUUCCCUAAGGGAGACAAAUAAUUUUUGAAAAAAAAUUUGUUAAUAUUAUUUGAUGUUAGGAUAACAACUAAAUUUCGAUUUGCAGAAAGAUCCUUUAAAUUAGUCGAUUUCAAACCUAUUUUCCUGACUUGGAAAUUCGCGAAUGAGAGGUUUGAAGUCAAGUAGUUUAUUUGUUUCUUCUUUGUUUGCAUAAAUCAUUGAGGCAAAUUUUCGCUUUCAAAUUAAUAUUUAAAAGAGUGGACAACGCUAACGUAUCUGAACGCUUUAUUUAACCGCGGAAUAAUACACUUAUGUUUUACUAAAAAUUAAUAAAGCGCACAACCUACCGUAACUGAAGACCAA